GUGGUUGUUUGUCCUGUCUGUCACUGUGUUGCCCUGCGACAGACUGGUGACCUGUCCAGGUGACCUGUCCAGGCGACCCCGCCUUCCGCCCGGAACGUUAGAUGGAGAUAAACACCACCAGCCCUCCGUUUAGCUGCAUUUCUGGCUCAAAACUACAAAAGCUAACGACAGUUUACGACAGCUACUGUCACCUUACGGCAGCGCCAACUGUCGCAACCGAAGUAAACAUGUGGAGAGUCCAGUGAAACGUCACAGCCGUUCUGCUGUAGAUCAGCUGCUGUUUGGAUCCCGGUUCUGUUGACGACCCAGAUGGAACCAGAACCACUCAGACUGGAAGUUGAUCACGUUUGGACCUGAAGCGGAUCAUUUUGUUAUUUUGUUUGAGAUGGAGAACUACAGCCGGGCCCGGGUCGUGGAGCAGCCGUGCGUCUCUCCGUUCGCCGAUCUUCCCGACACGCCGGAGGUCCGGGUCAGAGACGGCAGCAAGAUCCGGAACCUGCUGCGCUUUGCCCUGAGCCGGCUGGAGGCUGGGCCGGGCCGGGCCCAGAAGGAAGGGGAAGAGGCCGGUUCUGGUCCUGGUCCCAGCCCCGCUCCGCCCUGCGGUCGGCUGCUGUUCAGCGCCAGCGGCCGGGCCGUUUCCAAGGCAAUCACCUGCGCGGAGGUGGUGAAGCGGCGCCUGACGGGGCUUCACCAGCUGACCCGGCUGGCCCAGUCCACGGUUCUGGAGGUGUGGGAGCCUCUGGAGGCCGGCUCCGGCCUGGACAGCCUGACCGUCAGCAGGAAGCUGCCGGCCGUCUGGAUCCUGCUCUCCCGGGAGCCGCUGGACCCGGAGCAGCCCGGCUACCAGGCGCCGGGGCACUACGACGCCCUGUGGGCCCCGGAGGGCGCCGGCGGGCCGGGCGCCGGGCUCCGCAGGAGGAGAGGAGGAGGAGGAGGAGGAAGAGGGAAGGGCUCCGGCCGACACACCGGCCGCUCCAGAGAGCCUGGCAAAGGACAGUAGAGGUUUCCAUAACAACUGGACAGGAAGUGACUCCAUGUUUGCGUUGACGUCCAGUUUGAUGUUUUGACUUAAUAAAGUUUAGCAGGAGAAAGUAUUCACACCCCGCUAACUUCAAACCA